UCAGCUGAAAAUCAAACUAUUCUAUAUAUCCUUGAAGACAAACUUAGUAUCCAUACAAAGUUAGAGAGAUCGAAAGGAAAGGAAAGGAAAAGAAAAGGGCGCCCUUUAUGAGAGUAUCUCUAGAGAGUUGAAACCAAAAACAAUAAACAGAUUGAUUCUUCUUCUUCUUCUUCUUCUUCGUUCUUAUCAUCCUCAUCGUUAUCGUCGUCGUCAUGUGUAACCAAAGCACCACCUCUACCCUCCCAACUGUAUCUACUUCAACAGAGAAAUCAUCUCAAACCCACUUUUAUUUCGAUAUUCGACCACUACCCAACUCCAUAAAAGAUCCUGAAAAGCAUCAACAACACCAAGGUAAUGGAUGUCUAUACCAUUCCAUGUCAGAGAUCAUAACAGAAGCUAAAUCACUCUUCAAUCUAGCCUUCCCCAUAGCCCUAACCGGUCUGGUUCUCUAUUCUCGUUCCAUCAUUUCCAUGCUCUUCCUUGGCCAUCUCGGCGAUAUCCAACUGGCCGCUGGCUCUCUAGCUAUAGCUUUUGCUAACAUCACAGGCUACUCAGUUCUCUCUGGCCUUGCUUUAGGUAUGGAACCCCUCUGUUCCCAAGCCUUUGGCGCUCAAAGACCUAAACUUUUAUCUUUAACCCUUCACCGCUACGUUAUUUUCCUCUUAUUCACUUCCAUAUUAAUAUCUUUUCUUUGGAUGAACGUGUUCAAUAUUUUGGUUUAUCUUCAUCAAGAUCCUAAUAUCACCCAUAUCGGCCAGAGAUACUUACUCUUUUCCCUCCCUGACCUCUUCACCAACUCUUUCAUUCACCCAAUCCGCAUUUACCUUCGCACUCAGGGCAUCACCCACCCGCUCACUUUAGCAACCCUCAUCGCCACCAUUCUCCAUUUACCCAUCAACUUCUUACUCGUUUCCCAUUUCAACUUCGGCGUCGCCGGUGUUUCCGCUUCCGCUUCCAUCUCCAACUUCUUCGUACUCAUCUCCUUGGUUGCUUACAUUUGGGCCUCAGGCCUCCACGAGCCCACGUGGGAAAAGCCCACUUUCGAGUGUUUAACCGGAUGGAAGGCGCUGCUCAAGCUAGCAGCGCCUAGUUGCGUUUCGGUUUGUUUGGAGUGGUGGUGGUAUGAGAUCAUGAUCGUUUUGUGUGGGCUUUUGGCGAACCCAAAGGCGCCGGUCGCUUCUAUGGGGAUAUUGAUCCAAACGACGUCUUUGAUAUACGUUUUCCCUUCUUCAUUGAGUUUCGCGGUUUCGACUCGCGUUGGUUACGAACUAGGUGGAAACCGUCCUUAUAAAGCGAGAUUAUCCGCAGUGGUGGCGGUUUUUGUAUCAGCCAUGAUGGGCCUAUCAGCUUCAACGUUUGCGUCAGUGAUAAGGGAUAAGUGGGCCCGGAUGUUCACGUCUGACUCCGAGAUCCUACGGCUGACAUCCAUUGCCCUUCGCAUCCUAGGUCUAUGCGAGCUUGGGAACUGCCCGCAAACGGUUGGAUGUGGGGUCCUCAGAGGAAGUGCACGUCCUUCCACCGCAGCUAACGUCAACCUCGGUGCAUUCUACCUGGUAGGCAUGCCGGUGGCCAUUGGGCUAGGGUUCUAUCUCGGAGUCGGAUUUUCUGGGCUUUGGUUGGGCCUACUCUCGGCCCAGGUGUGCUGCGCUGGGCUAAUGCUGUAUGUGGUGGGGUCCACUGACUGGGACCUACAAUCAAAGAGGGCCCAGAUGCUGACGUGUGCAGAUACAAGGCUAACAGAUGGUGCUGAUAAUACCGAGAGUGAGGAAGAACAGCCGUUGAUAUGUAUCAUGGUGACUUAAACUGCUUGAUCAACCCAAUUUCAGUAGUAAAAUUAGAGGAUGCUAUGAAACUCCUUUUUUUUUUUUUUUAAGUUUGUGAAUUAUUUAUUAUUUAUAGGGAGGGGGUGGUGGUGGUAAUUAAUUGCUUAAAAAAGAUGAAAAGGAAAAGUUUUGUUGUCUGCUCUAUUCUAUGUGUAACAUAAUUUCUUAACAAAUUCUCUUCUAAUUUCCUGCCCCUUUGUUGUUGAUCACAACAUUGGAUGUUGUAGUAACUCUAUAUUUAAAAAAGGGUGUAGUGAUUAUAAUGGUGUCUCCAAUCUGACUCAUUAUGUUAUAG